AUGAAUUCCUCUCAUAAUGUAAUAGGCUCUUAUCAAGGAUUAACAAAUUCUUUUCAAGAAUUAAUGGACUCCCUUCAAGAAACAUUAUGUGAUGAAACAUGUAAUGAAAUGUGUGAUGAAAUAUAUGAUGAAAUGUAUGAUGAAAUGUAUGAUAAAACAUAUAAAGUGCAUGAUGAAAUGCAUAAAACCUAUAAAGGACAAGAUUUGGUUGGAAUUAAUAGCACAUUACCUCACAUUAACAAAGCAAUUGUAUUUGCCAUUAGUGAUACUUUUCUUAACUGGUCAAUUGCAGAACAUUAUUGUGAAUUUAGUGGAACAUAUCAACCAAAGAAAACUAAUAACUUACAAAAUCAACAUAAUAAAGUUAAUUUGUCAUGUGCAACUGGUGUAGUUCACAUCACUAGUUUUAAUGAUAAGCAUAUUGAGCAUCAACUUUUACCUGAUAUCAAAAUUUUUGCUCCUGUAAAUUAUCAAUUUUCUGAUAAUUGUCAUAAAGAAAUUUGCUAUUUAGCAGUAAAUA